UAAAUAACAAAAAUUUACUUUUUGAACACAAAAAUGCCAGGAAACUGCGGGUGCAAUACGUGUGCAGGUGCGAGUCCAUGCGAAUUGAAUCGCGAUGUCUGCCAGUUGAAGGAAUUGGUAAGGUCACAGGGCAAGCAGCUUGGGCAGCUGGUCAGACACAUGAAGAUGGGCUGCAAAAAGCCCCCAAAGGAGAGCACUCUAAAGGGUCUGAGUCCCUGCCUGAAAUGCCUCCAGCCGGACGUUCUCUACCAUCUGGGAAUGGACACGGCCACAAUGGACUUUCCCAAGGUCUUUGGCGAUGUGCGGUUUGUUUGCAUGGGAGGUACGGCUGAGCGCAUGGAGAGAUUCGCUUACAAGAUUAUGAAGGAACUCAGUCUGAAGCUGAACCCGGCGACUACUCUCAGGAAUAUGGCCGAGCCAGGUCAUCGUUAUGCGCUCUACAAAGUGGGCCCAGUUCUGUGUGUCAGUCAUGGCAUGGGGUGUCCAUCGAUUUCAAUACUGCUGCAUGAGCUCAUCAAGAUGUUGCACCAUGCCAAGUGUCAGGAUCCCGUCUUUAUCAGAAUUGGUACCUGCGGCGGCAUCGGAAUAGAGCCCGGAACCGUGGUCAUCAGCUCGGAGGCUCUGGACGGCAUGUUAAAUCCCUAUUAUGAGCUAAUUGUUCAGGGCAAAGUCGUGCUGUAUUCCAGCAAACUAGACCAGUGUUUGGCCAACGAGCUCCUAUCACUGGCCAUUCCUUGCGAGGAUGAGUUUUGUACAAUUAUUGGUAAGACCAUAUGCACCAAUGACUUCUACGAGGGCCAAACGCGACUCGAUGGAGCCUUCUGCGACUACACGAACCAAUCGAAGACCGCCUAUCUUCAGAGCGUCCAGUGCCAGGGAGUGGUAAAUUUUGAUAUGGAGAGUACCGCCUUUGCCGCUCUCACAAACAGAGCCAGUAUACGAUCUGCCAUCGUCUCCUUGUGCAUAGUCAAUCGUAUGGAGGGUGAUCAGAUACUUUCACCACCGGAAUGCCUAAGUGAGUGGGAGAAACGACCUCAAGUGCUCGUGGCGCGAUACAUUCGCAAAGAAUUCCUUAAACGGGAUGACGACAGCGACACCGAGGUCUAUGACGAGGUUUGUCCCAGCGCCUGCUUGGAAGGAGAUAAGGCGAUCUGAAUUGCACCGAAGCAUUAUUUCUUUACAUACAUACAUACAUACGGCGAGAUAACAACGUCGUCCUGCCUGAAAUAUGUAAAUACAUACUUAAAUAUGAAUAUAAAUAUGUAUAUAC